UAUGAGUAAUACAAGCUAGGCAUUAUAUUUAUAACUUUAUUAUGUUUUAGUUGCAAUCGGCGCGUCGUUUGAGCCGCACGUGAUUUUCGUUUCGAAUCAACCUAAUCUGUGAUAUAUUUUUUUAAUCUUAUUUCUUUUUAGAAGAUAAGUACCUAAUGUUUUUUUAGUGAUUGUAACGAGGACAAUGGCCAAAUUGUGGAUAGUUGUGCUGUUAUGCGCGGCUUUAGCCAAUGCCUCGCAGAUGCAGUAUGACUCCAAUGAGUUAAUGGACUACAGUUACGAUGAUUAUAUUAACCCAAAUGAAAAACCAAGAGAGCAGCUUGAGGAAUCAGAUAAAGUUGAAAACGUAGAAAAUAUUGACGGUAUUGACAAAGAAGGUAAUUUAGGGGAAGACGAAAAAGCUGCCAGCGACGAAUUGAAAGAUUCAGCUGAGUUUGCUUCAGACGAAGAAAAGGAUUAUUAUGAUGAUUUAUUCGGAAAAGAUGACCAGAAUGAUGAUUUACCCUUCGAUGAUGCACCAAAAGAAAAAUCAUUUGAUGUUGAUAAAAAUAUUGAAGGCUUGCCCUUGCCUCCUAUAGCCGAUAUAGAUGAACAAAAAAGCAUAUUGAAUGAAACUAAACCUUUUUUAGGUAAAGAAGAACAAAGCGAUAUCGCUGGCGAUGAUGUUGAUUCAAAAAAUGAAGGAAAAUCUGAAACUACUAGAACAAUUCAAGACGAAACAAAGGACGAAUUAGAACUUGCAAAUCCUGAACCCGAUUUUGGCGAUAUUCUAGAUGAAGAUACAGUUAACAAAGUAUAUGAAGAUUUGAAUGAAGACUUAGUAAAAUUAAUAGAAACGUGGAAAAAAUUAACCACACAAUCGGAAAUAAAUGCAGAUGACUCAUUGAGUCCAGAUGAUAUUUUAGAGUAUGAAGAAAAAUAUGGGCGACCCUACAAGGAAGGUGUGGUACUAUCACAACGUGAUAACUAUUAUGACGAUGAAAAUCCAAUUCAUGAAACAAAUGACCAAAGUGAUGCCACCAAAGAAAAAAGUACACAAACGACUCAAUCAGAUAUGGAAAAUAACAAAAAAGAAAAUAUACAAAAUGAUGAACAGAUUUCCAACAAUUCUGAAGAAAAAGAAAGCGAUGAUAUAGAAAAAGAAGUAGAUACUGGACGUUCAUUACCCGAUUCAUUGAAAGACAACAUUGAUACUGACUAUGAUAAUAUUUCCGAAAACAUGAAUACUGGUAAAAUACAAGAUGAAAGUAUUGCAGAAAAACAAGGACCUCAAAUGUACUUAAAUAACGCAGAAAAAGAAUUAGUGACAGAAACAGUUAAUGACGUUAAAACUAUGGAUGUGUCAGACCUCAGCCCAGAUCAAUACCACCAGUUGAUGGAACAAUUUAAAAUUCUUCAUAAUGAAGAAUUGACUGUUGAUUCAUCGAAUGUGGCUGUGAUUCACGUGCCUUUAUCUCUUGACGAACCGGUGGUUGUGACGUCACCGAAUUACCCUGAAAAUUACCCGACUAAUAAUAUCAUUGACUGGUUAUUUGAAGGCGAUGGUGUUGGUAUCGAACUCAACGUUACAGAUUUAGCUGUCAAUGGUGUAAGAGGAGAUUACCUUCUAGUUAAACCAGGCGGUGUCGAUGAGAGCGGAAUAGACGGUUUGCUAUUCUCCUACCGCUUGAACGAACCACGCCGAUACCGAUUCUUGGACGUCGACAGAAUGUUCGUAAGGUUCGUGGCUAACUCGGGCUUCCAAUUCUUCAGAGGUUUCCAAUUCAGCGUCAAGAUGGUCGCUCCUCCAGUUGCCAUGGAAGAAGAGCCACUCCCAGAACCUGAACCAGAACUGCCUCAGCCUGUGGAGACCCACACCAUUGUAGUAGGAGGCAUGCCACCCUCGGACUUCAUACGGAUUAAAGACGACUUCAGAAGUGUGUUGGCUGAUAUGGCCACGCUGUACAUCAACUCCAAUGGCGUAGAACCUGGUCUGAACACUACGUCGGAAGUAACUCAGAUUACCGGCGUGGCUGUCUGCAACAUCAACUGGCCUAACUUCAUGAACUGCUCACAAGUGACCUUCGCAGUGCCCCUGGUGUAUGAAGACCAGGCUGAUGAUGAUGAACCCCGGCUGAGCGUAGCAGAACUGAGGACCAUGUGGGAUAUGUAUUACAACAUAGAUCCAUUCGCAGCCAGGCUCAGGAGGAUGGGUGUUACGGAGUUCGCCAGCCCCGACGACAGCAGCGUGCAGGCGGUGUGGAUGGUAAUAUCUGUGGGUGUGGUGCUUCUGACGGCGAUCCUGGGUAUCGUGCUAUGGCGGUACAGCUGUGUCGACACAUACACUAGAAUGCCGGAGCCCAGUUUCCGUGACAGCGGGUAUGAUGAGAAGCGCGGGCUGGACCUGUACCCCACGCCGCACCAGACACUGCCGCCGCUCUACGAGAGCGACUACAAGUGGAGCGACGGCCAAUACGACAACACUGCUAGGGUUGACAUGGGAGGUUACACGAACAGGAACUUCACCAGGGAUGAAUUGUCCGACAUCGAGACGGACGAAGACGUAAUUUCAACGAGGGACAGAAAAAUUGUAAUCAAACCACGGGAUGGGUACGAAGCGUGAUGACUGAGGAGAUACAAAUACUUACCCACUAAUUACAUAGUACAUAGUAUGUUUGAGAUUCAUACCACAUGAGUAAAUAAGGCGCAGAGGCAAAACUUCAUGCGGUGCGCUUGUGUGAUUGAGCACUGGUAGCCUACACAGAAAGAGGUUACAACCACUUCCACCUAAUAGAUAAUAGCCAAUCAAGCGACGCGACAUCAAACAAUCUAACCAAUCACCGCUCACACUCGACAGCAACGACGCAAUCAGAACCAAGU